AAGUACGUGGUACUUCAGCAGUUUUCUUUCAAAAUAGAAGCAACAUUUCAUUCUGUUAAUUCAGCUAGCAGACAUGGCCACGAAACAGCUGGCGAAGAAAUUAAAAUUACUGCGGCAGCGAAGCCAGAGCUCCUCUGAGUCGAAGAAAUUAGUGAUAACAAAUCAGAUCUUUUCAUACUUGAUUGUGAUUGACUUUGAAUCCACGUGCUGGAGAGACAAAAAUAACUACGCUCAGGAAAUUAUUGAGUUUCCAGCUGUUUUUUUGAACACAUCCACAGGGGAGGUCGAAUCUGAAUUUCAUACUUAUGUUCAACCCCAGGAACACCCCACCUUGUCUGAAUUCUGUACUGAGCUGACAGGGAUUACACAGGUGCAAGUGGAGACAGGAAUUCCCCUUCAGAUCUGUCUCUCACAGUUCAACCGCUGGCUCCAGCGCUUACAACUUGAGAAGGGAGUGACAUUCCCCAGCAAACAACAAGCAUGUUCAGCCACCUUCCCCUCCCAGAAACUGUGCACUUUCCUCACCUGGUCAGACUGGGAUCUUGGCGUUUGUUUGCAGUAUGAGUGUAAACGCAAACAGCUUAAUAAACCUGACGUUCUCAACAGCUGGGUAGACCUGAGAAGCACAUACAGGCUCUUCUACAACAAGAAGCCCAAAGGUCUGAAUGGGGCACUUCAAGAUCUAGGGAUACAGUUUUCUGGGAGAGAGCAUUCCGGUUUGGACGAUGCUCGAAACACCGCUCGGCUGGCAGUGCGAAUGAUGCAGGACAGAUGCGUAAUAAAGAUCACUCGGAGCCUGGAGAGGACCCCAGUGACACCCAAAGCCAUAUUUGGAAACGACAUUCAUCCUGACGAAAACAAGAAAAAAAAACUGAAUAUUAAAGAAAAGGAAAAUAUGUGCACCGGCGAACCCUUAUCAUCCAACAUUCUUUUCAAAGAUGGUCGAAAAGGCCACUGUUCAAAGAACAUUCCAAGAAAUUUAGACACAAAACAAAAUUCAAGUUCACUUCCAGCGUAUCAGAGUUUGAUCUCGCCUAAGACACUGCUGAAUAACUCCAAAGAGCCAUUUUGGGUACAAAACAGCACAGACACCGCACAGACUGCUGCUAGCCUUUCGCCCACACUUACAGUGAACGGCAGUCAUGUUCUGUGCUCCACUACCGUCAGCUGUUUUUCACAUCUGCCUGAGCCAAACCAGGCCUUGCAAACAGGCCUGCUGGAUGAGGAUGAAGGUACAGAACUUUUAGUUGAAACAGAGGAGAGGGGCAGCUCGUAUGAUGACGUGCUGCUGGAGUGGGAUGAUGCCAUUAAUGAAACGGACAAACUGGGGGAUCCUGAGUACGUAUCGGAUUUCGACAGUGGAUGUUAUGAGUGCGACGAUCAUUCAUGUUCAGAGGAUAACGUCACACUAGAAGACAAUGUAACAGGACAUACCAGUACAAGACACAACUCCAGAAUGCAGAAUAAUGCAGAGGAGUCAUCGUUAAUCUCUAAAUCUAUAAGGAUAUCAAAAUCCCAUGUUAAUGUUUCUGAUCAUGCAAAAGACACGACGCAGCAUUCAACAACGUCUGAGACAGAAACCAGCUUUGCUGUGCCUCAAGUGGUUGACUGGAGUAAAUUAAAUCAAAGCAAAACGAGACAAAUAACAUCUCCAGAACUUCAGCUAUCGUUAGGUAGACCGUGUAAAAGUGUUCAAACAAACCUUGUCUCAUCAGUCUGGUCUAAGACUUUUUGGCCAGAAAAGACGUCCACUCCAAAUACUUCCACCCCCAGGCAUAAACCAACCAUCACAAAACGCACUGAACCUCUGAAGUCACCCUUUACCGUCUACACAGAGCCAGAAAGGCAGGUCACCCACCCCUCGUCAUUUGACUCUGGGCAAAUUCUCAACAAUGUCCUUUCCAGUUUGUCACCCAACACGUUCUACGCCAGUCAUAAAGGACCACAAAAGGUCACCUCCCCGCUGUGCGCAUGUGGCCGUCGAGCAAAACGCCAAGUCGUGACAAACGGUGGUCCAAACCACGGGCGGGGUUUUUACUGUUGUCCAGUUCGUUGCACGGGUGGCAGAGGCCGCACGGAGAAGAGAUGCGAGUUUUUUAAGUGGGAGUCAGCUCUGAUGAAGAGCAGCUCUGUGGAGACGUCUUCCAGAUCCCUCUGUCUGAUCAACUCUACUUUCCCCCACCGGGCUCCGCCGAGAAAAAGCUACUGA